AUGCACCACGUGAAUAGAAUAGAAAGAACACUAGAGUUGGCUAGAGGGCUGGUCCAGACCCCGCUGGAGUCCUUCCCAGACAUCUAUGAUGGAGACACCAAGAAGUGGAAGGAGCAUUUCCACAGCAUCCAGAGAGCCUUCAAGGAAUUUGGCAAGGAUGAUGACUUCGCCAUCUGGGUGCUGACCGAGGGCUUCACCGUACCAUUCCCAUUCACCUGGCCAGCUGAUGGUGAGGCAUCCCUGCAGUCAUCCUAUGACCCCACCGACUGCUCCGGUUUCGACUUCUUCCUGCACCCAGGCAAACCCGUGCCUCGGAUCCUGCAGCCGCUGCACGCCACCACCCAGGCCUUCUUCAAGAAGAGACGUUUGGAGCAGCUGGCCCCUAGCUAUGCCAGCCAGGCUUCCCAGGGGCCACCAGCACAAGCAGCCAUUCCCCCGAUACGGACAGACGUUGUGAUGAUCACCAGCCUGCCACAUCUGAGCACCUCUGCCAUUCCUGGAGAACUCACCUUCCUCCUAAAGGACGGCAAAAGCCUGAGGAACAUCCCGCCUGCCCCUGUGGCAAUCUCCAAUACUGCCCCACCAUAG